GACACUGCGGAUAUUGCGCAGCAAGACAUCGCCACUGCCGAUUCCACUCUGCUCACGAUGGCGGAGGAGGUGGCUCAGGUCCUGGGCAGCUCCGGCACCCUGACUCUGCUGGUGGUUCUGGCAGCUGGGCUGUUGGUGCUGGCCCUGCUCAAGCUGUGGCUGGCGGGCCCCAAGGGCAACGUGGUGCUGCUGGUGGGGCCGUGCAACGCGGGCAAGACCACGCUGUUCCACCAGCUGGCAGAGGGCAGCACCCACCUGGGCACCGUGGCCUCCAUGCAGGCCAACGAGGCAGAGGGGCCCCUGGCCUCGGAAAAGGCAGCAGGCGCCCCCGCUGCCCGCCCCGUGCGCCUGGUGGACAUCCCGGGGCACCCGCGGGUGCGGGGCCAGGUGGAGCGGUACGCCGGCGGCGCGGCGGGCGUGGUGUUUGUGGUGGACAGUGUGGACUUCAUGCCGCGCAAGACGGAGGCCGCAGAGCAGCUGUACGAGGUGCUCAGCCAGGCGGGGCUGGCGCGGCGGCGCGUGCCGCUGCUGCUGGCCUGCAACAAGCAGGACCAGGGCAGCAAGGCGCACACCCUGGACUUCAUCCGCAAGCGCCUGGAGCGGGAGAUCGACCAGAUGCGCGGCACGCGCGGCUCGCUGGGCGAUGUGGGCGGCGGCGGCGGCGGCGGCGCGGCGCAGCUGGGCGUGCGCGGCGAGCCCUUCACUUUUGAGUCGCACGCCCGGGCCCGCGGCGUGCGCGUCACCACCGCCACCCUCUCAGCCGUGGACAAGGGCGGCGUGGCAGAGGUGGAAGCCUUCAUCCGGCGCUGCGUGCCGGCAUGACGGCAGCGGCAGCAGCGGCUGCCCAAGUGUGGCACCUUGCCGCAGCAUGGUGUGGGCUCUCUUCCAUGCAGCCUGGCACCCUCCCGCAGCAUGGUGUGCGCUCUCUUCCAUGCAGCCUCUGCAGCUGCAUGCACAAAUGUGUGUGCUUGCCGGCCAGCUGUCGCCACAGGCAUCAGGUUGUUGCUGUGAUGAGCUGAGAGC